AAAAGGCAUUUCCUCCUCAGUGAUCUCCAGCUGCAUAAGACCUCCCCAGUCUUCCCUGCUAGUUUCCUGGACAGAGCUCAUCAGAUAGUGCUGGUUGUCAGAGCAGUGCAGAGCAAUCUGGACAGCGGUCCACUCCUCUUCUCCUCUUGCUUCAGAAACUUAUCCUCUCCGACUCUUUAUCUGUCUCCUCCUCUGCUUAUAAACAGCCGGUCUUCUCAAGAGGAACAAAAUCUGGAUUUCUGUCACCGUCCGACAGCUCCCAGCUCCGUGUCGACCCGUCGUGCUCCGAUCUUACUUUGUCGCUUGCUCUGAGCUUUGUCUGAGCCGGCACUCUUGGACACAGGCUAAGAGAGAACAUCAAGGAAGCAGAAAAGGAGACGACUGAGAAAGAUGAAGGUUCUUCAGAUGCUACUUCUUGUUCUUUGUCUCCGGAUGGGACAUUCAGUUCCGGUGUCCCUGUGUGAUUUUCAAGAGGACAGCAGCAACGUGGUCUCCGAAGCUGUGGCCAAGCACUCCCUCACCAUAAAGGGUUGUGUAGGAAAGUUCUCAAGUCAAGAAGUCUACGUGCUUAAUGUCCAUUACACAAGCAACAUUAAGAUCCUUCAGCUGGAGGUCUCCAGAGACGGGGAGAUGCCAGGGCAGCCGCCUGUGCUGAUUGUGAAUACAGACCCCGGUGCCUUCAUAUAUAUCACUGACAACCAUCUGCCAGUCAUCCUGCAGUAUCCCAGGUCUGUGAUGACUAAAAGUUUGGCACACUGGAACAUUUCUCAAGAGGAUCUGCCAGAAAAUAGCGAGGAGCUUCUUCAGUGGGCAAAGGCCAAGUACUCCGAAGUGAGCUUCUUUGCUGAACUGCAAAAUCCGAACAAAAUCUACCUGGAUCUGAAGCAGGAUGAAACCGGGCCAGAGACGUGCAUGCUGCAGGAUAACUUCCAAGCUAUGGACAUCCUCCAAGCGGACUAUUCUGCUGCUGAAAUAAAGACGUGCACUCUCCAAAAUGCAGAACCUAUUAAAAACGCCUACAUCGUCCAUGUCACCCAUCCGCACCCUCAUCCAAGUCACAAGGAAAUAGAUAUUAAUGUGGUCAUCAACAACGGACCAUGCAAACAUCCACCCAUGGUGUAUCUGAAGAGCGAGGAAGGCUACAGCUGGAACAUUCAUAACAAUGAAAAUAUUGGAAUAAGGGCCUCCGGCAAUUCCACGCUGCAUUCAUUUAGGAUACCUGCCGAAUCUCUACCAGAAACCAGAGAUGAGCUCCUCAGCAUUGCUAGAUAUAAUGGUGGAGCAGAUCUGAAAAGCAUCUCAUACAUACAAGUCUUUGAUGCCAGAUCUGUGAGACUUCCCGUUUCUUGUGUUUCUGAGGAGAUAGCCCCAACGACUAAGGAACCGGAGGACCAGUGUUUGAAGCUGCUAAAGGCCACCAUGCACUACAUGUGCAAUGAUGAAAAGCUAAUCAUCUCAAUGAGCAAAGAAGUCAUGAAGGUCUGUAAUCUCCAGAGUCUUGAACAGAUAACUUUUCAAAGCACUGAGUGCUCAGCUGAGAUUGUAGAAGACUAUAUCGUGUUGUCCACAUCGAAGGCGGAGUGUGGAAGCACCGUAAUAAAUAAUGAAAUAAUAAACAGUUUAAACAUAAGAAGUAAUGAAAAAGAAAUUUUUAAUAAAAUAUUAAUGUGCGAGAUCCCAACAAUCAAAGUAGAAGUAUUUCAAAAUCCUGACUUCACUCUGUCCACCAAUACAUUUAAUGCUGACAAGAUCACCUAUGUGCGGGUGGACACUACCUUCAUAAACCGCUCAAUAAGCAAGUGUGAUUUAUCGGUGGGUAACAAGACCUUGACACUGAACAGAAACCGGCCUCAGCUUUCUGCGGAAUAUUUCUCCUGGAUAUUUAACACAGAAGGAUUAUCUCUCCCAGAAUCAAGCUCUGCCAAACUCAGCUGUGCUUUUUGUUAUGGAUAUGAUAUCCCAGUGGACUGCUGUCUGAACAGGUCAUUGGAUGUGGCUAUAGUUAACAAGUCCAAAUCUCAAUCGCAAGGCCUCGGCAUGGAGUCAGUCCUGGGGAUCACGUUUGGAGCAUUCCUGAUUGGAGCACUUCUUACAGCCGCCCUGUGGUUCAUCUACACCCGCACACGCUCCUCCUUUAAGAUGCAACCAGUUCCAACAAUGCCUGGAGGGUCCGAGAGCAGCAGCACAAACCACAGUAUCGACAGCACACAAAGUACCCCCUGCAGUACCAGCAGCCGAGCAUAACAGCAGAGUAUACUAACGUAACAAAAAACGCCAUAAAGAAUGGGGCCCUAUCGGUUUGUAAAGCUGUGACUUUAUGGUGAGGGUCUUGAAGCAGAUGUGUUCUUUGACGUCCAUUUACCUUUAAUUCUCUGUUAUCCGAAGCAAAAUUGGUGAAAAUCCAUCAGACGUGGGGACGAGACCAGCUGCAAUAUUCCAAUAGGUCAAUGUCUACUUGACGGGUAACAAAGCCACUGAUAUUGGAAAAAAAGACGGUUUUCAAGAAGGUUUCCUUCAGAAGGACUAAUAGUCACUUCCAUCAGGCCUGGACUGAUAACCUGAACCAAUGGUGGCACAUGGACAGUUCCAAUUAUUAGCGUUUUUAUUAAGCUACCUAAUAUAAACCUCUCAAUCCAACCUACAGUAUUUGCUUUUACAUAUCGUAAGACUUGACAGUCAUUUGUAGCAGUCAUAUGUUGUAGCAGAAACAUAUUUUAUGUGUGCACCAUCCAACUGGAUGGCGGCAUAUCCACUAACCACAGUAUACGGCAAAUACCUCAGGAUCACUUCACAAUGACCAAGAUACAUAAAACAAUAGUAAUCAUGGUGCCCACCCUCUCACGGGUGA